CGGCUACCGCAAAGCGGCCGAGGCCUUGCAGCGCAUGGCGAGUUAGCCGCCCGCCUCGCUCGCCCGCCCGCCAGCCACAAUGGCGUCUGCCGCGCGGCCGCUGCCCCUGGUGGUGAUCCUGGGCGCGACGGGCACCGGCAAAUCCCGCCUGGCGCUGCAGCUGGGCCGCCGCCUCGGCGGGGAGAUCAUCAGCGCCGACUCCAUGCAGGUAGGGAGGGAGGAAGGCAGGCAAAAGAGGGAAGGAGACCCCGUCCCUGCCUGGUACUGAUUGGGAGGCGAGGGGAUCAGCAAGCGCGUGCACAGCUCCUUUCUCGCGGCAGCCGGGCCAGCCCAGGGCCAGCAAGAAGGAAGCGCCUCUGGUGGCAAGGGAAAAGGGGAGGCAGGGCUUAGCCUCGGAACCUAUUUUCUGUGCCUGGGUCAGCAGCAUUGCGAUUCUUGGAUGAAGGGAUGAUAUGACAGAUAGAUAGAGAUAGACAGAUAAAUUCUAAUUUAUCUAUCUAUAUAUCUGUCAUGUGUAGUAAUGGAGAGAGUGCUUCUGAGCAUGCAAGGAAUGUGAAGGCCUGCCCUGGCUAGUAAUGCAGAUUAAGUUGGGCUGAAGAGGUAAAGAGUUGUCAUAGUAGGGAAUUUGGGGCACUGGUGACCUGUGCCCCCAGUAUCACAUGCCAACAGGGCACAAACCUGCCUGGGCUCUGAGAUUUUUGCGGCAGGCCCUUCUCUCAGUCUUGAAAGAUCCUUCUCAGUGGCUGCUGCGUGACUUUGAAACUCCCUUCCUAGAGAAGUUAGACUGACUGUGUUGAUUCAAUCAACCAGACGUAUGGCACCUUCAUUAUACAGCUUCCAAAGGAUGCUGAAGACACACCUCUUUACUCUGGCUUUUGACACACCAGCUGGUGAGCCUUAGGGCUGGGCUGUGGAUUUGUGCAAGAGUGGACUAAGACAGUAAACUCUUCUUUAGUUCUUUGCACUUCCAUAGUUUUGCCUUCUUUUACAUUUACGGUAUGUCUGUCAGUAAUGGGGUCAGGGGGAAGGUUCCCCAUCCCUACCUUGUACACGAUGUCGUCUAUAAGCUGGAGCAUCUGGUAACAGUUAAAAAUGGUCAGGUGAAAUUUGGAUAUCUGCAAACUUGAAAAUGUCAAAGUUGAUCUCUCUGCUAAUUUAAAAUUUACGUUAGACGGUUUUUGUCCACUGAGAUAGAGACUGUGACCAUGAAACUUCUUCAGGCAUUACAGUUAGGGCAGAGUAAACAUGGGGGGGCGGAGGGCAGUGAGGCUCAGCACACUAACUCUGCCCCUGAUCACUAUUCUAUUGUCUUCCAACUCCCUAUGCUCUCAUCUGCACACACACACACACAAAAAAAACCAACCCUCCAUGACCCUGAUACUCCCCCUGUGCCCUCUAAACUUGCUGUUAAGUUUUCUUUACAGGUGAUGCAGAAAAUGAUAAAGAAAGUCCUCACUCACUCCAUCAUCUUUCCCAACAUCAGGGUCUUUUCCAGGAGUCUUCUCUUCUCAUGAGGUGGCCAAAGUAUUGGAGCCUCAGCUUCAGGAUCUGUCCUUCCAGUGAGCACUCAGGGCUGAUUUCCUUCAGAAUGGAGAGGUUUGAUCUUCUUGCAGUCCAUGGGACUCUCAAGAGUCUCCUCCAGCACCAUAAUUCAAAAGCAUCAAUUCUUCGGCGAUCAGCCUUCUUUAUGGUCCAGCUCUCACUUCCAUACAUCACUACUGGGAAAACCAUGGCUUUUACUAUACGGACCUUUGUUGGCAAGGGGAUGUCUCUGCUUUUUAAGAUGUUGUCUAGGUUUGCCAUCGCCUUUCUCCCAAGGAACAGGCGUAUUUUAAUUUCGUGACUGCUGUCACCAUCUGCAGUGAUCAUGGAGCCCAAAAAAGUAAAAUCUCUCACUGCCUCCAUUUCUUCCCCUUCUAUUUGCCAGGAGGUGAUGGGCCCAGUGGCCAUGAUCUUUGUUUUUUUGAUGUUGAGCUUCAGACCAUAUUUUGCGCUCUCCUCUUUCACCCUCAUUAAAAGAUUCUUUAAUUCCUCUUCACUUUCUGCCAUCAAGGUUGUGUCAUCUGCAUAUCUGAGGUUGUUGAUAUUUCUUCCACCAAUCUUAAUUCCGGCUUGGGAUUCAUCCAGCCCAGCCUUUCGCAUGAUGAAUUCUGCAUAUAAGUUAAAUAAGCAGGGAGACAAUAUACAGCCUUGCCGUACUCCUUUCCCAAUUUUGAACCAAUCAGUUGUUCCAUAUCCAGUUCUAACUGUAGCUUCUUGUCCCACAUAGAGAUUUCUUAGGAGACAGAUGAGGUGAUCAGGCACUCCCAUUUCUUUAAGAACUUGCCAUAGUUUGCUGUGGUCAACACAGUCAAAGGCUUUUGCAUAGUCAAUGAAGCAGAAGUAGAUGUCUUUCUGGAACUCUCUAGCUUUCUCCAUAAUCCAGCGCAUGUUUGCAAUUUGGUCUCUGGUUCCUCUGCCUCUUCUAAAUCCAGCUUGCACUUCUGGGAGUUCUCGGUCCACAUACUGCUUGAGCCUUCCUUGUAGAAUUUUAAGCAUAACCUUGCUAGCAUGUGAAAUGAGUGCAAUUGUGCGGUAGUUGGAGCAUUCUUUGGCACUGCCUUUCUUUGGUAUUGGGAUGUAGACUGAUCUUCUCCAAUCCUCUGGCCACUGCUGAGUUUUCCAAACUUGCUGGCAUAUUGAGUGUAGCACCUUAACAGAAUCAUCUUUUAAAAUUUUAAACAGUUCAGCUGGAAUACCAUCACUUCCACUGGCCUUGUUAUUUGCAGUGCUUUCUAAGGCCCAUUUGACUUCACUCUCCAGGAUGUCUGGCUCAAGGUCAGCAACCACACUACCUGGGGUGUACGAGACAUCCAUAUCUUUCUGGUAUAAUUCCUCUGUGUAUUCUUGCCACCUCUUCUUGAUGUCUUCUGCUUCUGUUAGGUCCUUACCACUUUUGUCCUUUAUUAUGGUAAUCUUUGUACGAAAUGUUCCUUUCAUAUUUCCGAUUUUCUUGAACAGAUCUCUGGUUCUUCCCAUUCUGUUGUUUUCCUCUAUUUCUUUGCAUUGCUCGUUUAAGAAGGCCUUCUUGUCUCUCCUUGCUAUUCUUUGGAAAUCUGCAUUCAAUUUCCUGUAUCUUUCACUAUCUCCCUUGCAUUUUGCUUGCCUUCUCUCCCCCCGCUAUUUGUAAGGCCUCGUUGGACAGCCACUUUGCUUUCUUGCAUUUCUUUUUCAUUGGGAUGGUUUUAGUUGCUGCCUCCUGUAUAAUGUUGCGAGCCUCCAACCAUAGUUCUUCAGGCACUCUGUCCAGCAAAUCUAAAUCCUUAAACCUGUUCCUCACUUCCACUGUGUAUUCAUAAGGGAUUUGGUUUAGAUUGUAUCUUACCUGUCCAGUGGUUUUUCCUACUUUCUUCAGUUUAAGCUUGAAUUUUGCUAUAAGAAGCUGAUGAUCUGAGCCACAGUCAGCUCCAGGUCUUGUUUUUGCUGACUGUAUAGAGCUUCUCACAAAUAACAAAAACACGGUCACUAUUGGUCAAUUUUUAAUGAUGCUGGGGUUUUUAAUGACAAAAAAUGGAAAUUGGGCACAAGAAAAAGGAAACAUGACACAUGUACACCUCUAGAAAAAAAUUGGCUCAUAGUUUGUUAGAAGAGGGUCAUGCAAUGGCAGAGAGGCAGGUGGUAAUGGAGGAGAAGCAAAGCCAGGAUAGGUCAGGAAAAGAGAGAGCUAAAUCUGCUUUAAGUUUUCUUCCUCUGAUCUACUUUGUUUUGCUCUGAUAAUGUGUUCACGUCCUGCAGGAAAACACACCCUGUAAAUUGCAGAAACCAUCCUGUGUGCUAGGCAUAUCUGCCCCCUGCCCCAGGAGCCUCGAAGUUACGCAGCAGAGCACAAGCCUGCCCCACACAAAGGAGGCCUCAUCCUGUUCUCAGCUCUGACACCCACAUCAUGAAUGGACAGGCACCCUUUGCACAUCAUGUGCUUGGCUGGGUUUCCUGUGGAGGCUUCUUCUGACUUGCAUUUUUCUCCGGGGACCUCUCAGAGCGGCCCUGGCAGAUGCUGCCCGUUGUGCCCUGCCAGUGGCACUGGAGCCCUUUGUGCAAGGCCAGUUUCAGGGACUAUAGCACUAAAGAGAUCUGUGUUGGUGAGAAUGAAUGCUGGGGCAAAGGCCUGUCGGUGGGACAGUGGCGCUCUUUGGAAGAACUGCCUUGGUGGGUGUGGCAGAGAGCUGUCUGGCUUGUCCUUGCCAACUUCUCUUUCAGCCAGGGUAGAUGGGGAGGGAAGGGUCACGAACACGACAACAGUGAUGAAACAGGAGCAGCUGUUCCCCAAAAUCUUUUGUAACUUGUCAAUGAAUCCCUUUUCUCUCCCCUGUUUUACUUGCCUAACAUAAAUUGCAAGCUCUAUGAACACGAUGGGGCUGCCCUAGUGCAGUGCCCAGCGCUCCACAACUGGGGGUUACUUAAACCUCAUGCAGUUUCCUCCCUUCUGUCCUAGGGAGUCUCUUGUAGCUGAACUCAUCCUUCUUCAGACUAAAUUCUGGUUAACAACUGUGUUUUAGCUGAUAAAAGGGGGGAGCUCAAAAUGUACACAGGGUGUGGGGUUGUGCCAAUCUUGGACAUAGUCUGGAUCCAGAGCGAGCAUAAUAUAACUGUCUCUUCAAUAGAGAUGGAAGGUUCUGUCAAUGUUGGUUCUCUCAAUUUCUCUUUAUUCCAGUCAUGAAUUCAGUUCUCCACAUUGCUGCAGCAAUUCGUAAAAAGUCUUGGGUAUUUUAGUGUGGAUUUCUUGGAAUAAACACAAAUCCUCCUAAUGCAGUGCAUUUUUUUACAGAUAUAUUCAUUUUUAUGCACUUUUCCCUAGUACAUGCAUGCACUGCAUGCAUUUUUGUAAACAUUCUUUUUAGUGAACUACAUUGCAAAAUUGGGAUAAGAGCAAAUUUUGAUGGAGAGCUGCAUUUUGGUUCUCGUGUUGUUUCGGAAAGUGAAAAUUUGCUGGAUUCAGCUUCAAAUGUAAACUGAAUGGCAUUUAUCCCCCACCCCCUACAUCUCCAGCAUCAUUCCUCCCCCUCCCACAUUGUCCUCUUAUUGCUGAUGUUUGGGAGCUCAAACUCCCGGCUGCCUUGUGCACGAAAUGCCUACUGGCUUGCCCUGAUGACAUGCACAAAUAGCGGCUUAAAAGUAAGCCUGCCUUAUUAGGUUCUAUUAUAAGGGCCUCUAAUCUGCUGCGAGAAUGUAAAGCCUUUUCCGAAAGGGGCUGUCCGGCCAGCCCUCUGAAGUGGCUCUCCCUUUCUUUGCUCUGCUGUGCCUGGCUGCCCAGAGGUGCCUUCCUGCUUGCCUUUGCCUUCCUCCAUUCCUCUCCCUGCUCACUGUACCUGUUUGAUCACCACAGUGAAAGCGGGUAGGACACCAAGCUCUCUGACAGACCCUGACCCACAAUGGCACUCCCAAGCUUAGAGAAGCACAACUUAGUUGUGGUUCCUUAAUGGUGAGGGACUCUAUACAUGCUCAGGAUCGUCAUGUUUGUUUUUGCUGUGUUCUGAGGCUUGCGACUAUUUCUAGGGCACACCCUCAGACAUUGUAGGGAAGAAUACCAGGUCUCAGUCAAUUGCACCAGAAAGAGAUUGUGAAAUGGGUUUGGGGUGCCUGUCUACCCAUCUGUGUGGCUUGUGGCUCUGUCUGCAGACUCAACUCCAGAUCGUACACAGGGGCCACAUGCCUCUUUUUCUGGGUCUGCCCCACCAAGCACCGAAGAAGAUGCUGUUUUGACAUGGUCAGAGGAAGAAAAGGAGAGCCGUGCUGCCCGAACGGUGAACUUUGGGUCUUAAGCAGGGCAGGCUGACCCGGGCAAGCUGUGGUGUGUUGAAGCACUGGGUCAUUAGGGCACAUGUAAACUCAUCAUGAGCAGCGGUGCCAAGUCUUGCAGCUUGUGCUGUGAUUGUCUCCAGUGUUGGUGCAUCCCCCACUUGUGAUGUCAAGAGACCCCCGCAGACAAAGAUUUGACAGAGGAAAUGUGGCUUCAGGCAUUUCAUAGUUUCUAGUGAGUCAAACCUCCUGCGGUGCAGGAUUCACAACAAAAGCAUCCCUGACAGAUGGCCAUCCAACCCUCCAGUCAAGGAUCCUCUGCCAACUUCUGAGGGAGUCAGUUCCACUGCUGGACAGCUCUUACUGUCGGAAAGUUCUUCUUAAUGCUUAGGAAGGGAUCUCCUUUCUUGUGAUUUGAAUCCGUGGGUUCAGGGCUCUGGAGCAGCAGAAAACAAGCUUGCUUCUUUCUUCCCUUCUGGUUUCUCAGCCUGCAGAGCUUCCCUGCCUGCUUGCAAACAGCUCAGACCCCAGCCAGUGUGCCCCAAGGCCAGCGAUGAUGGGAGUUGGAGUCUAACAACAUCUGGAGGGACCCAGGGGUUGCUCACCCCAAAAUUAGACCAUAGGUGAUGAUUUUUCUCUUGGCACUUACUGCCACUUUGCCUUCCUUUCUUGCCACCUCUGCCACCCCGGGUGCCUCCUGACCGUUUUCUCCAUUUUACAGCCCAGUGUCAUCUUCUCUGACUGCCAGUAGCUCUCGAGGGUCUUGGGCAUAAGAACACAAAAAGUGCCUGGCUGCUGGAUCAAGGCAAAGGGAGCUCCUCUAGUCCAGCAUCCUGUUUGCAUAGUGGCAGCUAGAUGACUGCAGCUGUGCUUUCCACACUUCUGACUCCCAGCAGCUUGUAUACAGAGAGAUACUGCCUCCAACAGUGAAGAUCAUGGCUUGCAGCUGUUGGGAGGUCCAUUGCCUAUCACUUAUUAUUAUUUUAUUUUAGAGGUGUAGGCAAGUGACCUGCUGCCACAUUCUGUAAGUGUGUGCUGUACUCCCCUAGGAACCCAGCCCUUCUUUCCUUUCCUUCCCUUCCCUUCCCUUCCCUUCCAAUGGACCACAGUCCAUCCUGUCCAGGAGCAUCAGGAACCAGCCCAAAGACCCCGAAGUCUCACACAUGAAGUCUGGUUCACAACCUGCAUCUGGGCUGUGCCACUUCAGAUUUCACAUGAAGAAAUGCUCCUCUGUAUGAACAUGCAGGUUACCCCCCACUGCAAUGCACACCUCCCCAUCCAUCGAUCUCCAACUCCACGCACCUGCCUACAGAGAAACAGCAAGUCAGGGGGCUGGCUUGGCUGGCUUCCUUCUUCCUGACAUGCUAGUUUCCUGUGAAAUGGAAGUUUUGUAUUGGGGAGCCUUCAGCCCUGGGUGACCUGCAGCUCUGCAGUGGGAUGGUCCAAACAGCAGCUGAUCACCCCUUCUGUGAGAACUAUUUACCAUACUUUUCUGUGUAUAACAUGCCCCCAUGUAUAACACGCCCCCUAUUUUGGGGAAUUUAAAAUUAAGAAAAUGGGGGGGGGAGAUUCCCCCAAAGUUGUUGAACUUUUUGGGGGAGGAUUGCCCAGAAUUGCUGAGCUUUUUUAUAGAGCUUUGGGGGGGGGGGCAGAGCAAAUCGCCCGGCCAAUUGCCGUAGCGACAGCCAAUCAACAACAGCCCUUGCCGCAGCCACCAAUAACAAUCUCCAACUCACUGCAGCAACCAAUCCCACGUCCCCACAAUACACUACCCAUGUAUAAGACGACCCCUAAUUUUGAACAUGAUUUUUGAAUUAAAAAAACAUAGUCUUAUACAGAGAAAAGUACGGUACUUACUAGUCACUUCUUUUUUCUUUUCUUUUUUAGCAAAAGCAGCUUACAAUAAGCAAGCAAACAUAUGCAAUGAAACCAGUAUAAAACAAAACAGGGAGAUCUUAUUUUAUCUAUAAAACUAAGCCCGAAGUGAGUGUGAAAGUCUGCCUGUCUCUUUCUCUCCCUCUCUCAGGUGUACCAAGGUCUGGACAUCAUCACCAACAAAGCCUCUCCUCAGGAGCAGCGGCUGUGCAGGCAUCACAUGAUCAGCUUUGUGGACCCCUUGGUCACCAACUACACCGUGAUAGACUUCCGCAACAAGGCCACGGCCCUCAUAUCCUUUCACAGGGGGAGUGUCUUUCUGGGGCGUGUGGCAUCUGGGGUGUAG